GGGUCGAUCUUUCAUCAUUCCAUUUCAUAACUCAAUCAGAAGUAGUACGUGGUAAAUCCUCACACCCCUAGCCUUAAGAACGCUUCUAACCGCUGAGUUGGAUACCUGGGCUUUUUGGCUCAGUGGUUAGAGCGUUCGACUCCCGGUCCCUGGGUUGUAGUAACUGACGAGGUGGCAAGUUCGAGUCCCGUGAGCGGUCGACUUGACCUCGGUUACAUACGCUGAAGGUAAAGCACCUGCACCUCCAAAAAUCUCCUCAGGUUUUUCAGGUUAGUACUGAAUGUUUUAUCUUUAAUUAUUAAGAUUAAAAAAAGUGCACUGAAAUCGCAUUAUUAGGCCUCUGUACCGUUAAUGAGGGCAGAGGUGGGCUGCAAAAUUUUUUUGAUUUUCAAGUGGGCCCUGAGUUGACAAAGUUUGGGAACCCUUGUACCAAUCAUUUCAGCACUUGAGCAGUGCUCAGUUUUACAGUAUGUGCAUUAUUUAUUUAUAUAUAUAUUGUCGCGUUUUUUGAAGAAAGUAGUCCAAUCCUUGGUCGCUUUUAACUCACUUUAUUUGUUAAUGUAUUUCGGUAUGGUAACUACGAAGCAAAAGGGGGGGAAUUGUAUCUAACGCGUGUGAGAGACAUACCGUGAGCUACUUCGAGAACCGGGCUUAGGCCCGAGUCUCUCCGCGGGUCUGCCUAUCAGCUCUGGCCUCAAUCUGAACUCCGUCCUGUGCCGUGUUCCAAUAUCCAUACUUCCAUGAGUACACUUAAGCGAAGUACACUAUCCGCACUCACUAAGUGCACCAAUUUUCGGAUGUCAGUGUUGUUCCAAAUCGAAUACUCCGUGGUGCACUUACCGGAAGUGACAAUCACGACAGCCAUCGCUACUCGUCACCCGCAAAAUACAUCCCGCUUUGAGGGCUGAAAAAAUACUGUUUAAAAAUCUUUUGUUUGUCAAUCCUGCAAUAUGGGUCCGUUAACGCAGCAAAUGUUGAGAAUGCACCGACGUCGUCAUCUACGUUACCUCCUCCUGACGGUGACAGACAAUGCUACGGUAGGUGUUAUUUAUUAUAUUUGUCUACCAACGCAGCCCAUACAACAGCAGCAUUUAAAUUAUAGUGGGGGAUUAAUUUUGUGAUAUUAAAUUCGUAGUCAUGAUAUUAUUAUAUCAAUGAUCAAGUUUGGUCUACAAGUUUAGUGUACUAGUUCUACUAAUGCUCUCUAGUUUCUUGAAAGUUCUUACCAUGUGGAGCCUUCAUUCAUGAAUUUAAUAGUAACCUAUUUGGAGUGCAAUGCAGAAGACAACACAUCAACUAAAAAAUGACUGAUUUUAUUAAAUAAUACAAAUAAUAAAGAAUUCGAUAACAAACUUCAAUAAUAAACGAAUAAUAAUUAAUGAAGUCAUGUCCACUUUCUCUUACAGCCUCCCAACGCCAGGCGGUAUUGUCAGCUCAAUGAUGCAGUGCCAAUUCUCAAGGUUUAUUUUGAUGGCCAGAGUGACAUGCAAGUUGAUUUCCGCUUGUCAAGGGGAUCUUUUAAUGCCCUUAUGGAAGCCAUGGGGAGCAACGCAGACCACGGCUGGGAUCCGGAGAUCGCCUGCCUGGUCUUCCUGUUCUGGUUGGCCAGUGGUACAUCCUACCGUGUUGUCUCCAGGGCCUUUGAUAUGCCCAGAACAUCCGUCCACCGUGCUAUCCACACCACCAGUGCAAAGAUUGCCUCCCUGUUUGCUCAAACAGUCAACCAUCCUACAGAGGAAGAGUUGGUGACUGUGGGCGCAGGAUUUGCGCGCAUGGCAGGGUCGGCGGCCUUCAACAGGGUGGUUGGGAGCAUUGACGGCUGCCACGUCAGAGUAAAGCCCCCUUCACAGGAUGCCGACUGCUACCUGAACCGUAAACUUUUUUAUUCGGUUCAGCUUCAGGCUGUGGUUGACCAAACAGCAAAAUUCAUAGAUUUGUGUGUGGGGUACACCGGGUCAGUGCAUGACUCGAGGGUACUAAAGAACAGCCCCCUGUACCUAGAGAAACAGUACCCUCCACCAGGGUACUGCCUCAUCGGGGAUGGUGUGGUCCCCUGCCUGUCCUACCCCAUGACCCUGAUGACCCCCUACCGUCAGCCUCUCAGGAGCCAGCUUCAGGCAGCGUACAACAGCCGACUGACAAAGGCCAGAGUAGUGGUGGAGCGGGCCUUUGGGAUCUUGAAGACCAGAUGGAGGGCCAUAUUUCUGAAGGCGCUGGAGGUGGACGUCCUGUUCGUCCCGGAGGUCAUCCUCUGCUGCACCAUACUCCACAAUAUUUGCCUGAGCCAGGGAGACGUGCUGGACCCGGAGGACGGCGAGGACAGCGAGGCUGGAGCAGCAGAGGAAGAGGAUCCAAGACGGGAGGCAGCACCCCCAGGCACCGUCUCUGGAGCUGAGGAGAGAAAUAGAAUGGCAGCGCUGUGUUACGCUCCUGACCAUGGAUAAUUUGUCAAUUUCAACACCUGUGUAUGAACAUUGAUUUAUUUAUCAAAACAUAUAAAACAUUCAAAACACAAACAACAAGAACAUCAGACAGUCGUCGAGGUGUGAUAUCCAUACUUGAACUACUUGUUGACCGCAGUGAACUUGCAUUUUCUGAGCCAUAACCACCUGAAGAGAACACAAAAAUAAUAGGUGGGUUUUCAUGGAGCCCUUUUCCCUAUCAGCAUCGGGCUGAGAAAUGUAAUUUCUUCAUAAAAGUGAUUUUGUGUAACAGAUGCAUACACUCACCAGAAAGGUGCAUCUCGUCAGACUGUGUUAUUGAAACUUGUACUGGUGCUGGCUCUGCUGAACUGUUGGUUGCUCUUGUUGCUUGGAGGACUGUCCAAGACAUCUUGUUGGCCUUAAUAAAGGACAGAUAGUAGUAAUGUUUAACCAUACAGACAUCACAUAGCUCAAUCUGGGUAUAUUAAUACCCAACAUAAUUAUAUACUCAGUAGCCAAUUGACACAAUUCAAACUGUUCCUUUCUCAAUAUAAUGCAGUACAGUACACCAUCACUAACACCCACUAUGAAAUCAAUGAUGAACAAGGUAUAGUUUAGUUAUCACCUUUUUGAAAACAUCAACAAAAAUGUA